AAAAUUAGUUUAUACGAGUUUAGUCGGAAAAUAAACAAUUGCCGCAACACCAACAACAAUAGAGAAAAAGCUUUAAUUCACGAAUUACGAUGGCUACAGCACAAAAGAGACUUGAGCAAUUACAGGAACAUUUCCGUACACAUAAUAAGGUCCGAGAACAGCGACAACAUUCAUCAAAAGUUCAUUCAGUACGAUUUAAUUGUCUUGGAACGAAAUUGGCAAGCGGUUCAAAUGAUAAAUCUGUUGUAAUAUACGCAUUAAGCGAUAGACUGUCAAAGGAAAAAACUUUUUAUGGACACAAUGGUCCAGUUGAUCAAUUAACAUGGCAUGGAUUUAAUCCUGACCUAUUAGCGACUGCCUCUGGCGAUAAAACUGUCAGAAUUUGGGAUACAAGAACAUACAAAAGUGUCAGUACAAUCAAUACAAAAGGAGAGAAUAUUAAUAUAACAUGGUCAAGAGAUGGAAACACGAUUGCUGUUGGAAAUAAGGAAGAUCUAAUAACAUUCAUUGACACAAAGACGAAUAAGAUACGUGCUGAAGAAAAGUUCAAUUUUGAGAUCAAUGAGAUUAUGUGGAAUAAGACAUCAGAUCAAAUGUACCUGACUAGUGGGCAGGGAAGUAUUCAUGUCUUAAGUUAUCCGAAUUUAGAGCUCCUUAAUGUAUUAAAAGCACAUCCAGCAACAUGUAUAUGCAUAGAUUUUGAUCAAUCUGGAAAAUAUUUUGCAGUCGGUUCUGCUGAUGCUCUAACAUCAAUUUGGGAUACAGAGGAACUGACAUGUCUACGAGUUUUAUCACGUCUCGAUUGGCCAGUAAGAACUGUAUCAUUCAGUCAUGACAGUCGACUUCUUGCUUCAGCAUCUGAGGAUCAUUUUAUUGACAUUUCGUGUAUUGAGACUGGAGAACGAGUUUGUGAGAUUAAAUUGGAAUCUGCCACAUUUUCAAUAUCCUUCCAUCCAAAACAAUAUCUGCUUGCUUAUGCUUGUGACGACAAAAAAGAUGAUGGACGAGAUGCUGGCAAUUUUAAAAUGUAUGGAUUCGCUGAUUAGUGCAUUGAUGUAUCAGAUUAAUUACCAUUUUUUUUUUUUUUUUUUUU